ACCCCUGCUUUAUAGUAGUUCGAAUAAGAAGUGUUUCUACAUCAGUGAURAUCCCAAAAUAAACUACGAAAACGCGUAAAUGAGAACGAGGCCGAAACCACUGGAAGUAUUCAAAUGAUGUAAGCACCACUAAAAUCCACGUUCCACUAGACAAAACCACUCAACUGUUAAAAUAACAACAUCAUAAGAACAUCAAGUUUCUAGCAAAYAAUUCAAAGUUUAACAUCAAACUGGAAACAUGAGCACGUUUGGACAUAACGGCGUUAUCAAAAACCCAACUUUCGAACACAGCCAGGAUCCUGCUCACAUAGCGGCUGGUAAGGUGUUGGAGGAGAACGGAGUAAGAACAAGUGAACAGGUUACCGAUGGUGGCUUGAAAAUGGGUGCAAAAAUACCACUGGGGCUCAAAAUAAUAGUAUUUCUGUUGUUCCUUAUUGCUGUUGUUGCAUUGGUCUUUACAAUGCUGAUGUACUCGGGCAAGAUUACUCCUCAAACCAGUAAUCCUGACUCUAGUAAUCAAGCCAAAAACCAUCAAGUUGGAUUUGGUCUUUCCAACCAAGAGCUGAAACAACAGAUUGAAAACCUUCAAAAACAAGUCGACCAAAUCAAGAACAUGAGCAAGAUCGACGACAAUGCACUUGAAGAAAAACUACAAAAGAGCAUUAAUAACACCAUUGAUAAAUGCAUGAAUGUGAACACCACAUUGAUUGUAAAGGUUGAUGCUGUAUCUAAGAUGGAAGGACCAAUAGGACCACGUGGUUACAAUGGUAGUCAAGGAAUACAGGGACCUAAGGGCGACAAGGGCGAUACAGGAGCUAAGGGCGAUAAAGGCGACAAGGGCGAUACAGGAGCUAAGGGCGAUAAAGGUGACAAGGGCGAUACAGGAGGUAAGGGUGAUACAGGAAACAAGGGCGACAAGGGUGAUACGGGAGACAAAGGCGACAAAGGUGACAAGGGAGAUACAGGAGCUACAGGAGCAGUGGGUCCACAAGGACCUUCAGGGGCUGGAAAUCUGACGCAGUGUGUCAUAAAAGUUGUACAAUCGACUGGGACGUCUUCURCCGACASKGCAUCUCAAGUAGCAAGGRUAGUAGUGGAACCGGUACGUGUAACUAAGCAAUGACAUAGUGUAUAUACCACUAUAGUUUCAGAUCCGUGAAMUUACACUAAAUGGUAUCAGAUAAUUAUAUAAAAACA